CUUUGUUCUGUCUAUUUUGAUCUCGUAAAAUCUCACCCCAAUCAGCGCAUGCGCGAGAAUUAUUUUGUAAAACUUAAAAAAAACUUUUUUUCUAAUAAAUGUCAUGAUUACUGAUUGUUUAGGAAAAACAUUAAUGAUAUACUAUGUUUUUAUCAAAACUGAUACUACCAAUGUCUUGUUUGCGCAAUAUUACAGUCAUUGGUGCAGCGAAAGUAGAUAAAAUGCACAUCAUUUCAAGACGUAAAUUUUCUCAAGAAUUUUCAGCUGAUUCAUCAAGUUCCAUUAAAUCUGGAAUUCCUAUUGAAUUAGGACAGGACGUACCAUUAUAUGAGAACGAUGAUGCAUGGGACUCUAUAGUUGAUCUUUCAAAAUUAACAGAAGCAGAGAAAUUGAUCUACACUCUCCACUCAAAAGCUCUGAAGAAUGGUAAGAACAUGUACAUAGACCCAGAGACAGGCUAUAACGUAAUGACUCGUCAAUUUCACCUGAAGAGAGGCAAAUGUUGUGGCAAUGCCUGUAGACAUUGUCCAUUUGACCAGUGCAAUGUACCAGUUGAAGCAAGAACAAAGACAUUUAACACAGCAUUUUACACUUGACAAUAGUGCAAUAAUAGACAUGUUUAUGGUUAGUUGUAUCCUGUCAGGGAAUCUGUACAUCCAGUUGACAAUUUUAUUUAUUGUACUUUACAUACAAAGACAAUUUUAAUUUAUUAUUGUACUUUACAUGUACAUUUGUACAAAUGUUGUUAAAAAAUAUUCAUACAUUAAUCUGGUAUUUGUGUUUUUUAAUGAAUAAAUGUAAUUGGAG